GCCUACAGGGGGUAAUUAUGAAGUCAACAAUACAGUAUGGUGUCACUCGGAAGCCAAGCUAGCCGAUGUGAAGCUUUGCACUUUUUCUUCUACAGCAUCAUCGUACCACACGGCAUCCUAGAAUCCGGCAUACCUCUUCGAAGCUGCGCCCUCGUCGAAUAUACCAAUUGAAGGGCUAGAAGACGGAUUAGAGAGGCUACGAACCUUUCAACUUGGUCUAAGGACAAUCUAUAAUAAAAGGGGGUCGCCCCAGAAGAGAGCAGGACGAAGCAACAAGCUGUUCUCCCCGCGCAAAUUUUCUGCGCAAAAGAUCUCCAUUCCCAUCUCCAUCUCCAUCUCCAAAACCUCGAACAACAACAUGGCGCCCAAGUCGAAACAACAACAGCCCGCGCAUAGCUCGCAUGGCUAUGAAUUUGGAGGCCCAUUCGGUACCGCUGGAAUCACAUUCGGUCUCCCGAUACUCUGCUACGUCUUUUCAUUCGCGUGUAACGACGUUACCGGAUGCCCUGCGCCAUCGCUAUUAAGCCCAAAAACCAUAUCCAUCGAACAAUUGAAAACCGAAGUGGGAUGGCCAGAAGAUGGAUUCUGGGGUUUAGCCAGUUGGGAGGCCACGGGUUGGACCAUAGCGUACUACUUCUUCAGCGCCCUUUUAUAUCGUCUUCUUCCCGCUACCGAGGUUGAGGGUACCAAAUUAUCUAGCGGAGGAAAACUCAAGUACAGGUUCAAUGCUUUCAACUCAGCUAUAUUCACCCUUGUCAUUUGCCUUGCUGGCACCGUCUCGCAGGGUGCCGAGUUUCCCCUAUGGACCUUCAUUGCCGACAACUACAUACAAAUCCUGACCGCCAACAUCAUCAUCGCUUAUGCCCUUGCCACAUUCGUCUACGUCCGUAGCUUUUCUGUGAAGCCAGGCAACCCCCAACACCGACUGCUUGCCGAAGGUGGAUGUUCUGGCAAUCUCAUAUACGACUUCUACAUGGGACGGGAGCUCAACCCUCGUAUCACAAUUCCUAUCAUCGGUGAGAUUGAUAUCAAGGAAUGGAUGGAGCUGCGUCCCGGCAUGCUUGGCUGGAUUCUCCUCAACUGUGCUUUUGUCGCCAAGCAAUAUCGCACCUUUGGUUUUGUGAGCGACAGCAUCGUCUUUAUCACAAUUGUUCAAGCAGUCUAUGUCAUCGAUGGUAUAUUCAUGGAGCCUGCAAUUCUCACGACAAUCGACAUCAUCAAUGACGGUUUUGGUUUCAUGUUGUCUUUUGGAGAUCUCGUCUGGGUUCCUUUUAUCUAUAGCCAACAGACACGAUAUCUGUCUACCCAUCCGGUGAUUCUAGGUUGGCUGGGUACUACGGCUAUGUCUCUUAUCCUUAUAACCGGUUUCUCUAUCUUCCGCCUCAGCAAUGCUCAGAAAAACACCUUCCGAACCAACCCCAACGACCCACGCGUGGCUCAUAUCACCUACAUCGAAACCAAGACAGGUUCUCGGUUGAUGACGUCCGGCUGGUGGGGCAUUGCAAGACACAUCAACUACCUUGGUGAUUGGUUACAGUCCUGGCCAUAUGCUCUCCCAACUGGUUUUGCUGGCUACGCGAUCCUAUCCGCAGGAAGCAAUGUUGAAGGGGCGAUCAAAAUGCUUGACGGAAGAGAAGUUGUACAGGGACCUGCCAAGUAUUGGGGUAUGAUCUUCACAUACUUCUACGUCGUCUACUUUGCUGUCCUCCUUGUUCACCGCGAUGGCCGAGAUGAUGAGAAGUGCGCCAAGAAAUACGGUGCAGACUGGGAGAAAUACAAGAGCAUCGUAAAGUAUAAGAUUGUACCUGGGAUUUAUUAAAAAGAGGGACAAAUAAAGACAAGCUUAAUCCGGGUUCAGAGUGAGUAGAUGCGAAUAUCACCUCCCUACCUAAGUACCUAGUAAUAAAAAGAAAUACAGAUCAAUGGGAUAGUAACGAAUAUAUGAUGUGCUUAAGACUCUCGGUGCUUUCAUGCUAAACGAAAUCAGUAGCUACCUAGUACUACGUAGAUACCGUACCUUUUAAGUGUCCAAUUGAUGACUCAACAUCAAAGACUAGAAGCAGGCAGUCACGAUAGCUUCAGGAAGGUGUUUCGUCGAUAUCGCUUUCCAUGAAUCACCCAAAGCAUUGAACAUUUAA